UGUUCGUGUGAAUCUCGUUCUAUUUGUAUUCUAUUUGCUUUUAAAUAAUCGGCACUCGGCAUUUCGGCAUCAGUUUAUAUAUGUCAGUCGGCAUGGAUGAUGGAAGUCAUUCAGUUUAUUUGUAGUAACGUAUUUCUGCUGUCCUGACUGUGUCAACAUUGACUUAAUUUGAAAGCAGGCAGUUGUGUGUGACAAUAAAUAAUGGCGUCGGGAUUAGAGAGUUAUGUGAAUCAUACGGUUUCCAUUAUCACGUCGGACGGUAGGAAUUUUAUCGGUACGCUGAAAGGUUUUGAUCAGACUAUCAAUUUGAUUCUGGAUGAAUCACACGAGCGUGUAUACAGUACAACACAGGGAGUGGAGCAGGUUGUCUUGGGUUUGCACAUUAUUAGAGGAGAUAACGUAGCGAUAGUAGGAGAGAUAGACGACGAAAUGGACGCGAGAUUGGAUCUAUCAACAAUAAGAGCUGACCCCCUAAGUUCUAUCACACAUUAACAAAUGUAUUUGAAAUUGCAGUUUGGAAUCGUCGUCUAUUCUCAUCUAAAUUUAAAAUAAGAACAAUCGCGCAUUAGAAAAAAAAUAAUACAACUUUUCACCUAGGUUGUAUGUUGUACAAAAAUCUUCCAUUUAUCAUAUGUA